AUGGGCGACCCUAAUCUGCCCGAUUUAGGUCCCCCAAUGGGCGACCCUAAUCUGCCCGAUUUAGGUCCCCCAAUGGGCGACCCUAAUCUGCCCGAUUUAGGUCCCCCAAUGGGCGACCCUAAUCUGCCCGAUUUAGGUCCCCCAAUGGGCGACCCUAAUCUGGAAACGAACCCCCCAAAGUCCCGAGAAACAGUUUUAUUCGGAGGUCCAGAUUCCGAUCAAAGUUCUACGAUCGAACCUACGAAAACAGAUAUAGCCGUGAUGUCGAAAGAACAGCCUACCUCUUCAGUCUCUGGUGUUCCUGUCGAAGAUCCAGCGCCGGUUAGCUUGCUUGUGGACUGCGAAUUUGGUUCUAUCCCAAUGGACUCCAACUUAUGGAAGAAAAGAAAGGGCCUCCACGAUGUGGUUGUUGAUGCCGUUCCUCUUCAAGAGCUUGGCACUGAGGACUAUGGAAAUACGAAGGAUGCAUUCCUGGUGGACCUUGCCGUGCUCGAGGCUGGUGUUACACAGGUUUGGGGGAAAUAUGGGAUUAUAAAAUUCAUUCCGUUGAGCAGCGAUGAUCCGAUUGUCUUACAACAAUCGGCAAAAGACCUUGACUUGAAGAAAGCUCUUUGUUAUCAGCACCUACGCUCAAAAUACGUAUAUAAGGGUAACAGAACGAAAGAGUUAGCAGCAGUUUUAGGAUACGAGAUGAAUAAGGGUUUGACCGACUAG